UAUCAUAUCACACUAAAUUCUAUAGUCUUGAGAAUGAAUCUCAUAUGAACACAUAUUAAUAUUAAUAUAUAUCACAUAACGCAGGGCAACGUAUUAAUGGACGUGUUUGUCAUUGUGGCAGUUCUUCUUUUUGUUGCAAUCCAUUAUUGGAGGCUAAACAGAAACACACCCAUCACAAAAUGGCCUUUUAUGGGAAUGCUACCUGGUUUCUUACGUAACGUGUCCAAUUUCCACGAUUACACAAACUCACUUUUAAAGCAAAAUGGAGGAACUUUCAUUUUUGAAGGAGCAUGGUUAACAAACAUGAAUAUUGUUUUCACCAGUGACCCCUUGAACGUGCAACAUAUCACAAGUACAAGUUUUGAAAACUACGGGAAAGGAAAUGAAUUCACAGAGAUAUUUGAAGUCCUUGGAGAUGGGAUUUUCAGGUCUGAUUCUCACACUUGGAAGUACAAUAGAACACUCCUUCAUUCCAUUUUCAAGCAGGAAAGUUUUAAGGUAUUUCUUCACAAAACCAUUGAGAAAAAAAUUUCUAGUUGUCUUCUUAUGUUUCUUGAUCAUGCUUGUAAAAAAGGGAUGCAAGUUGACUUGCAAGAUGUUUUUCAAAGGUUAACAUUUGAUAACAUAUGUUGUGUAGUUUUAGGGUUUGAUCCUGCUUGUCUUUCUAUUGAUCUCCCUGAAAUUUCAUGUGAGAAAGCCUUUACUCAAGCAGAGAACACAUUGUUCUAUAGACAUGUAAGGCCAAGAUUUUUUUGGAAGCUGCAAAAAUGGCUUCAAGUUGGUGAAGAGAAAAAGUUUUCAGAGAAUAUUAAAAUUAUUGAUCAAUGGUUAUAUUCAGAAAUCAAAUCCAAAAGAGAAACACAAGGACAUAAACAACUUGACUUGCUAAAUACCCUUACGUUUGAAGUAGGAGAUGGACAAAAUCUCAUUGAUGACAAGUUUUUGAGAGAUACGGCGAUUAAUCUACUUGCUGCUGGAAGAGAUACUAUAAGUUCUGCCCUAACUUGGUUUUUCUGGUUGGUGGCAACACACCCUUUUGUUGAAGCCAAGAUUCUUGAAGAGGUGAGAGAAAAUUUAUCAUCAAGAGAAGAUAAUAAUUGGAAAGAUUUAGGAAUGGAAGGGCUUAGCAAGUUAAUUUAUCUACAUGGAGCUUUAUGUGAAGCCUUAAGGCUUUAUCCACCAAUACCUUUUGAGCAUAAAUCUAACUUGAAAUCUGAUGUGCUUCCUAGUGGUCAUGUGAUUAAGUCAAAUACAAUGAUAUUGUAUUCUCUAUACUCAAUUGGAAGGGUGGAGGAAAUAUGGGGAGAAGAUUGCUUGGAAUUUAAACCAGAGAGGUGGGUUUCUAAGAAAGGAGGGACAAUUCAUGUACCUUCUUACAAGUUCAUUGCUUUCAAUGCUGGACCAAGGAGUCGUUUGGGUAAGGAUAUAAGCUUCAUUGAGUUGAAGAUGGUUGCUAUAGCAAUAUUGUUGAACUAUCACAUUCAAGUGGUGGAAGGCCAUCCCAUUAUCCCAAGUCUUUCUGUCGUCUUACAUAUGAAGCAUGGCUUGAAGAUUAAUGUCAAAAAAAGAAGCUUUUGAUGAUCAAGCCAUAUAUAUUUUGAAAAUAACUGAACUAUGUUCGGCAGUUAUAUGUAAUGUUUAUUUGUGUUUAUGUUUUGAAAAUAACUGAACUAUAUUAUAUGCUCGGGUGCUAUUUGUCAUGUAUGUUUGAAUGAUCACAUAUACACUAUGUUUGGUC